UUCAAGCUUCUUUUAAGUUGCUCAUCAUCUUUAUGAAUAUUUCGGGUGGUUGUGAUUUUUCUAUAUUGACACUCCAAUUUUAUUUUGAUUUUCUUUAUUUGUGGAAAUCUUUGCCAUGCAGCACGGCAUUUCAUUCUAGUGGCAAAUAUUUUCUAACAUCAACAGGUUUUUUUGGAUCUUUUACUUGUUAUAAGGUAGACAACUUAACUGUGUAUUGUUUUAACGAUAUAGGCCCCCUCAGAUACUGUUAAGGUAAACUACAAAUAUUUUUAAAAGCCUUCAUAUUUCUGUUUCAUGCAAAGCUCUUGUAAAUAUGAAUAUAUUGUAAAAAUUGUAGUGCAGAUAUAUAGUUCCAAGAAAAACGUGUGAUGAUGGAUUUUAUUAUGGUAACUUGUAUGUAUUUUAUAAUUCUUGUCCUAAUUACUGAUAACAAGGCACAUACGCAUGCCUGAUGCCCGUGCUUAGUUCAUCUUUCUCAAGUGCAGGAAAAGAAUAGAAAAUGCUAACACCUCUUAACACCUGCUGAGUGCCCCUUUGUUAUCUAGUCCAGGUUGCUAGUUAUUUGUAGAUCUGGUUAAACCGCACCCUUGCCUUAAUUCUGACUUCUGAGUUUGUUUCUGAUUGUUAUGGGACAUAGACAUUUAUAUAGCAUGUCCCAGAUGUUUGGGAGUGAGCAGGAGCAGAAUUGGAAUUAUAUGCACACUGAUCAACAUAAUGGUAGGGGUAGCGCUUCAGAGAAUGGUUCUUUUAUUUAUCCACUAGAAAAUAUGCCUAUAGAUGGCAGCUCUUUGGCCGCUUCUUGGAACAAUGCCGCGAUGUCAAAUGGAUAUGCAUCCUCAAGUAUCAACAUUGAAUUACCCCCUCGUCAAUCAGAUGCAUCAAGAUCUUCUCAUGAUCAUUAUUUACGUUCAUCAAAUCCUGGAGCUUUUUUCGCAGUUUCUGAAAACUAUGCUCACCAGCCUUCUUCCAAUUGUGAUAGACAAGCAUUUCAUGUUGCUGAUGGUGAUUUCUUUGAUUUCACCAUGGGGAGUGGAAGAGGGCCUCACAAGCGAAAGAGCCCUGGAAUUCCUUCAGUUUGUGAGAGAGGCAGUACAAGCAGAUAUUUCAGUGCAGGAAGCUCAACUGAUCUCCCUAUAUCUUCAGAAAUAAGGCAGGAGAAGCCAAGCUUGGAUUCUCAAUUUCUGCCUUGGGAUCAUGUUACUAUGACACCCCCCUUCAGAGGCAGUGGCCUUUCAAUCAGGGGUGAGGGUUCUUUAAGGAAUGUUAGAAGUCGUUCUGCACUUGAUUUGGAAUCCAACCUUGCUAGGACGCAUUUAUCUGGCAACCAUUUGCACAACUCAUCUUCUGGCCCGUCCAAUGAUCAUUCUAGCUCUGUGGGUCUUUCUGGUCAUAGUUCUAAUACUGUGCCAAGGGACUGGAGCCAAAUGAACAUGUCUCCGGCUCCUGGGAGGGUAUUAUUAUCUGAAUCAAGUGGAUAUAAUCAUGAGCCAAGUCGCUUGCUGGUUGGAAGUGGUGUUAGUAAUGCUUCGGUAGACGCUGGGAGUUACCAUCAUGAAUAUGAUACAAGCAUAAAUCCUAUUGUUCCUCAAAGUUUUCACAGUAAUCUCACUCACCCUGCUAGGGGAGUUCGAAGUAACUAUUCCCAAAGAUCUACUCCAACACCAACUCCAACUUUUAGAGCCUCUUCAAGCUCAUGCGUGGGACAUAUGAUGCCUUCAGAUGGUGGAUUGCACAUGGGAGCUGAAGGUUUAAUCUCUAGACAUCCAAGGCCAUUGACUGCCAUCAGUUCGCGGAAUACUGAUAGAAACGGGAGGUCAAGGAUAUCUAGCGAGAGAUAUCGAACAUUAGCUGAUGAGGCUAUUCUUCAUGAUCGAUUUUCCUCUGAGGGUUUCAUGGUUGUUGAUCGUGCGCCGCUUUAUGGUUCUCGAAAUAUGAUUGAUCAACAUAGGGACAUGAGGAUGGACAUAGACAAUAUGAGUUAUGAGGAACUACUUGCUCUGGGAGAGAGGAUUGGUCAUGUCAGCACAGGAUUGUCUGAGAAGUUGAUUUCCAAGUGUUUGACAGAAUCAAUAUAUUGUUCGUCCGAGCAGAGUCAAGAGGAAGGAAGUUGUGUGAUCUGCUUGGAAGAUUACAAGUACAUGGACGAUGUUGGGACAAUGAGAGGUUGCGGCCAUGACUAUCAUGUGAGCUGCAUUAGAAAAUGGUUAUCUAUGAAGAACAUAUGUCCUAUCUGCAAAGCUUCUGCUCUUCCUGAUGAGAUGAAGGAUAAAUAACUUAAAUUCAUUCUGCAGUAUUUCGCUAUCUCAUUUUGUACAUAUAAUAUACAUUCGAAUAUUCAUGAAAUUGAAGGAAAUUGACUUCUUUCUUUUCGAGGUUUUGAAUAUUGUAAUAGCAAUGCUACUUAGAGUCGAUGCAUUUGUUCAUGGCUUCAGGGUCAAUUACGUGAAGCCUUGAGAUCAA